AAAAAAGCACCAGAUGGCUCAGUCAUCGCCAACGGCUACUGCGACUUUUGCCUAGGAGGCUCAAAGAAGACUGGCUGCCCUGAAGACCUUAUCUCCUGUGCGGACUGUGGACGCUCAGGCCACCCGUCCUGUCUGCAGUUCACAGUGAAUAUGACGGCUGCGGUGAGGACUUAUCGUUGGCAGUGCAUCGAGUGCAAAUCCUGCAGCCUGUGUGGCACCUCGGAGAAUGACGACCAGCUGUUGUUCUGUGACGAUUGUGACAGAGGCUACCACAUGUACUGUCUGAGCCCCCCGAUGUCUGAACCCCCAGAGGGGAGCUGGAGCUGUCAUCUGUGUCUGAGGCAACUUAAGGAGAAGGCCUCAGCCUACAUCACCCUCACUUAAUCUGCGGGACUUGUCCUUUUUGGCCCCUUCAUCCUCUCCCACAUCACCUCCCUGCACACCUAUCCCCGUGCUUCAGCGUCCCCACCUCUUCCCUUGUUAGGAAACCCUCGUCUUCACUUUCGCUACAACCUGUCCCUGUGACCUUUGGCACCUCCAAGCACACACACAGCGCUGCAUCCACUUUCGAAAGUGUCUCGAGCAGUGAACCAAAUCCCGUGUUCUUUUGUCGCUCUAAUCCCCCGUUGUGCUUGACCUGAUCCCAAGCUCCAACCCCUCAGCUCCCCCAUCCUCAUCCCGGCUCUGUCUCAGCAGAGUAAUUCAUCAGCUGGCAAUACGUUUGCUAGCAAGACACACACUUCAGCCCGCUAAGGGCACUUCUGAGGCAGACUACUCCAUAGGAACCCUCAUAAGGGCCCUUGGAUGAGCCCUAAUGAUCUUCAGCUGCAACUCAGUCAUGUAGUGAGUGAGAAUUAUUAAGACGGCUAGGUUUUAGUCAAAGAACAAGGCAGUGAAUCGGCCAGAUAACCACGGAGCCGCGUGUUUCAAGCGUUCGCCAACUGUGAAAUGUACACACAAACCAAAAUUUUCAUUCACACCAUUGGUUCCUCAGUGUUUGUGGCGGAACUGAGACAAUGAACUCUGCUCUGGCAUUUGUCCACGGGCUGCCUGCUUUGUGCAGUUUCAAAGGAUGUGAUUUGUACAGAAUUAAAAAACGAUUUUUCGAGCGGCACACUCUAAAUGAAGCUCCCCUCCGUGAAAAAGGAAGGAACAUCCUGACAGAAGCUCAUCUUUGACCUCACCCUGCCCUCUCUCUCUCUCUGUGCAUGGGGUUACCACAAAUUAAUGGUGCAUUUGGGGGAUCAAUGUGCAACGGCGUGGUCCUCUGAUGGAGGACAGAAGGAUUUUUUUCUGAUCAGUUCUCCCAAAUUAAACAGUUUAUUUGAAAACCAGAAUUUAAACUCAGCAUUUCCCACAAAUCCUUCACCUGAUCCGUAUUCACCCUGUCCUCCAAUCCAACGACUGUGAAGCCAAUGCAAGACUGAAAAACUCCUGGUGCUUGGUGUGCAUUAUGUAUGUGUUCGGAAUGUGGGAUCGAUGUGUGGACAAUACAGAUCUUUGUCUGGCUCAAGCCGAGGCCUACAAACAUAUUUUGUAUGAUUCUGUUUUUUUAUUCUGUUUAUUUGCAUGUUGUUAGUUAGAUUGUUUCUAAGAAAAUCUAAUCGAAAUAUAAAAGAAAGCACACUUAAUUCGCAAUAAUGUGUUUGUGAUAUGAACCCUUUGGCCAACCUUUACGUGUUUUAAGCUCUGUGUGUGCCCAUGUCUGUUUGUGUGGAUUUAUUUGGGCAGUACAGUAACUGUAGCGAGCUCCAUAACUGAAGGGCUCUGUGAAAGAGUUCGAGCAGCAAAAAGGGAAUGUGAAUGUAAGGAAAGUCAGAAAUCACCCAUCCAGGCAGCCAGGCAGAGUUGAGGGAACUUCUAUAUCUAAGCCUUGAAGUUCUAUAGAAAUAAAGAGGUGUUUAUGGAAUUCUUUUUCAGAAUGUAGCUUUCAGCAGAGCAAUGAAUACAGGAAAUCAGUAUUUGUUUGCACUAAUUCUACAGUGAGACAAAGAUAAAUUGGUGGUCAUAUGAAUUGGUUUUAGAUUAAUGUUGAUCUUUGGUACACGCUAUAUACAAGUUCAUGCUAUGUUAUGUUAUGUAGCGUGAUGUUUCUUCAUCCUAAAAACUGCCAUGUCAGGAAACUUUUUAUUUCAAGUUUGUCUUGCGGCCGCAUUACUGAGCUGUCAUUUUGAGAUUUAUUCUCUGAUAUUCAAGGAUUGUUAUAUCAUGACCUUGAUGGCAAAGCCAAAUCCAUUAGUCAGCACCUUAUGGCUUAGUGGGUCUACAUGCAGAAGUGUUUUGGUAUCAUUGUCCCUGGAAGAAUUCAUCCUCUUUUCAACAGUCUGUUGCUUGGUUCCAGAAUUUGCUGCUUUCUUCUAUCCUUACAACCUGUUUGUCAUGAAACUCUGACCGCUGGUCAGGAGUCACUUUUGGAAAGUUUCCCCUAGUCAAUAAUGGAACGUGUCACUUACCACCAUAGAUGAAUAACGAGCAAUAGCUGUAAAACAGCUCCCUGUGCAUUAGAAAGUGAUGUUAAAAUGGUAAAUUAUGUGCUGGAAGCAGAUGUAAAAGAGCUCUUGAAACACUCUGGCCCACUUUGAAUUGGUAAAGAGAAUUUGUUGGUGAGUUCAAUGCUCCAUAUGUUGCUGGCAGUGGCACAAGCACAAAGGACGAUUAGUCCACCCCCAUGUUUAAUAUUAGGAGAGGUAGAGAGAUUUGUAAAAUCCACCAACCCCCACAACCACUCACCCCUUUUUAUGUAAAACAUAUCUCGUUUUUAUCAAGCCCAAAAGUUCUGACUGAACUUUAGUAGUCUGAAAAAUUGUCUUAUUCUUGACCCAUAUGUUUUGAGUUUAGUAAUGUUAAGCUUAACACCAUCUUAUGUUUAGACUGAUUGAGAGCUGCUUCGGGCUAUAAUCGCAAAGCUUUCAAGUUGAGUCUUUUUUUCCCCUUAAAGUGGCAGUAUAAAAAUUGCCCAGCAAGCUACUUGAGGUAUGAGAUCCUCCACUCUAAAACAUUAAAAAGCAUGUUGUUUAAAAGAGAAAUCAUAAAUGAUCUUGCUUUCAGAUUUACAGAAUGUCGCAUCCUUGACAUUUCUUUUGGAAUUUAGCUUAACAAUUCCAGUAAAAUCACUCAUGACAAACGUUCUCAGUGUUAUCCGUGCUUUAUUUAUCACUCAGCUAUAUAGUGACAUAACUUUGAAAAAUUUGUUCGGGAAAUGCAACGAUCAUCACCAAUUUUAAUGCUUGUCAAAAUCUUCCCUGUUCAAGUGCUCACACAACCAACCAAAACAUCUGCAUUUAGGAGCCAUAAUCCUGGAUACUUAUCACCAUAGCAACAACAUUUUUCACAGGGUGUAUGUUAAAAUGCUCCGGUUGUCACGAAUGUAAUGCAUAAAAGUAUUUCCUUGAUCUUUGUCGUGUGGGGGCUCCAUAGGUUAGAAUUUAGGUGACAAGUUGACCUAGACUCCACUUUAUGGCCAGUAAAAUGUGAGCACACCUGUUUGAUGAAAGCAAGCUUUGAUGACAAAUGAUGUUAAAGAAUUUCUUCUUUCUGCCAGUCUGCACAGCAUGUUCCAGACCAGCAUAAUGGGCUUAGCGUGCCAGCCAGCAUGCAAAUUUGGGAGCUUGCAAAAAAAAACCCUCCAAAAACCCCAAAUUCUUUUUUGCUAUUCUCAACCAGUCUAACUGUGUUUCUCAAGGCCACUUUAAGGAACACGCCAUAUAACUGAAGUGCAAGUGCUGUGUUAAGAGGAUGCAUUCAACACUUCUAAAUUGUUUGUAUAGAAAUGACAUCCAGCCAUUCAUAGAUAUGCAAGCUUUAGGCUUUGAGACAGCUGUAAAUAUGAGAUUGAAUUAAGGACAACAAAUUGCCGUGUCAUGCACAUUCCUCGGUGCAAAUCAAGAAAUCAAAUAGCUCUGAUUUAGUUCAUUAAAUUUUUCGCCAAUGCUGCAUCAAGUCUCUACAUGGAAAUCUGCAGAAUUAGUAGGCUUUGUGAGAAUCUACCUAAACUAUAGGAGGUGCAAAUAUGUGCACUUUCCGUGCUGCGCCUCAUCUCAGAGUAACUCCAGUGUUGCAUGAAUGACUGCCGUAAUGCUUUUGGUUUUAUAUUUGGAAAAAGUCAGAAAUGGGUUCUUAUAAACAAAAUGGAAAAAAAGGAAACAUCUUUCUUUUCAGUUUUUUUCUUUGUUUGGUGUGUAAUUUCCGUUUUUUUUUUUUUUUUUCACAUUGCACAGCGUGGCUUCUUUUGCCCCAAAGUGCGUAAAGCCUCUGUGUGACAUGGUGUGUAUCUGUUUGUGCACAACCUCCAAUGACUACUGGAGGGUCGGUGAAAAAGCGAAACAAACCAAAUUAGUGAAUGUUUACUGUUUCUUCUCAGUGGAGCCAGUUUCCUGGCACAGCACUGUAGAGAGGUGCAAUGUUGACUACAGAUUACAACAAAAGUGUACUUGACUGUACCAAGCUCGCACGCAUUACCGGGAGAACGCAGUUUUAUUUCAUGAUGAGUCUGUUUUUUAUUUUCUCCCAAAAAGCCGGUUAUACAGCAAAAACGGUUUAUUUCUUUUAACCAGUCAGAGCUAAAAUCUAGACUUGAAGUGUGCUUGAGUGGGAGAACUUUAAAAUGAUGCUUUGAUAUUAGAAGCGUAUGUGUUUUGAACAGAGGUGGAUGAAGAUGUCAGUCGUGACUUAAUGUUUGGAGAUUGUGGCACUUGAUGGGAGAAGCAUGGUGGAGUCAAACCCAUAUUUUGAUUGUACUCUCUGAGGAAGCCAUGGUGGGGUAUCCGUGGGGCGUGAUUAUUUCAAGAAACUUGAGCCUUUCUCUUUGUGUAAAUGGACAAACCAAGAUGACGGGAUUAAGUGGGCAUGGAGGUAUAGGGUCAACAGAGACACACCAGGCACCUCCAGGCCUCAAGUCGAUGCUAUUGCCCCCAUCUGCUAUGACCUUAAGCUGUUGGGGAGACACCAUCAAAGGGUUGACGCUCUGUUGUAAAUUGCUGUUCUGUGAUGUUGCUUGCACUUUUUAUUUUCUUUCUCAAAAAUAUGAAGCUAAUUGUAAGUAUAUGCGUGCGUGAGUGCAGGCGCACGUGUUACUUUCAUUUGUUACAAUUCUUUCAAUGUGAUCGUCUGUUGUUAACAACACUGGAUAAAAAUGAGUUUUUAAUUUGUAUUUUUUACCUCGAGUGGAAGAUGGAAUCUUCUUGGACAUUUUUUUACCCCCCUUAUCUUCAGCUCCCUCUUUGUCUUUCUCUUUCUCUCUCUGGUACCAGGGAAUGCUUUGACAUGUGGACUGCAAUCCGCACUGCUGCCAUCACCGCUCUCAGUCAUUUUCUGUGAAUUCAUUCGGCUCUCUCAAUUUUCCGAAAUUUUCUCUCUUCAUGACUCAUUUUUUUUCCAUUAAAAUGAUGAGAUUGAAAAAUGA